UAUAUGAAGCUGGAGUGGUAUCUGCUUUGCAGGAAUUGUCGCCCAACAUGCUGAAAUCUGCAUCCAGGAUCUAUGGGGCAUCUUCAGGAUCGAUUCUAGCUACAUUUUUAUUGUGUGAAUGUGAUCUAGAUGAGAUUAAGCUGGCCUUCUUCAAUAUUGUGAAAACCACUUCCUGGUGGUUUCUUUCUGGAAGAAAACUCAAUAGGAUCUUAAAGGAUGUCUUAAACAAAUAUCUGCCUACAAAUGCCCACCAGCUGGUAUCUGGAAAGCUGCAUGUUAUCCUCACCCGUCUGCACGACUUGAGAAGCGUGGUGGUUUCAGAGUUUGCCUCGAGGGAGGACCUCAUUCAGGCUGUGGUGUGCAGCUGCUUCAUCCCUCUGUAUUUUGGAAUUUUACCUCCUAUGUACCAUGGGGUGCGUUACGUUGAUGGGGAACUCAGCAUGUGGCGGGCCAACUUCGUGUCCGAGACCACGAUCACCGUGUCUGCUUUCGCUGGCGAAUACGACAUCUGUCCCAAAGAUUGCGGAGCUGCCUUCUUUACUUUCCAACUCUCUGACUGUAUUUUACAGAUAUCAAAACUAAAUAUCUGCCGCUUGCUGUAUAUUUUCCAGAUUCCCACAGUUCAAGUUAUGGACCAGUUUUAUACCUAUGGCUACCAGGACACAGUCUCCUUCUUAAAAAGACUGAGUAAGUGA